AUGAGUGGCGCCAACGAGGCGGCCAAUGGCGAUAGAUGGGCCUCACCAGUAGGAAAUGUGGGCACGUUUUUGAACGGCCCUGUACUUGGAAGUGGGAAUGUGACGGGUAGAAAUGGUAUUCAGACCCCUUUGCAAGGAGGAGGACCGAUUCAGGUGGGUCCAGGACGUCUACCGGGUCGUUCAGAAUCGGUUCCACCGGUAGGGAUGAACAAUGGCAUUGGAAUGGGGCAGCAAACGCAUAUGGCAUGGCCUGCUGCUGCUGUUGCACAGCAGCAGCAACAGCAGCAGCGGGCAUACGCGAGUCAUUUUUUACCUCAUGCGACUCAUGCUUCGCAUGCGUCGCAUCAUGCGGGUGCGACUAAACAACAAUUUGGCUAUCAACAGCCGUUUUCACCUUUAGCCUCUGGUUACCUUCCUAGUCCCAUACCACAAGGUGGUGGGUCAGAAAAACCAGUCGAUGGUAAUCAGGGACGCGGGUUUGGUAUACAUUUGCAGCAACCGGUGCCACAACAUGUGCUCACGACGCAACAAAUGCCUUUCCACCCGCAGGUUUACUCUAUUAGCCCGCAGCCCGUGAAUGAUAAUAAGCGUCGCAGAACAGACGACGUGGGUUCCGAAGCACCAGAAAGAAAAGCCACCCAGGAGGGUACUUUGAAAAUGCUCGCGGCGAAACACAAGGCGCGUCCACUUUCAGAAUACGCCGCUGUGGUUCGACAAGCUGAAGUGUCGGUUUUGAAUAUGGAUCCUAGCAUGCAUACUAAGACAGAUAUUCAGGCCGCGGAACAGAAUAGGGAAAGAGAACGUCAGGUUUACGCUUUGAUUUGGCUCAUGAACACCUGUGUGCCAGAAAAGGACAGUUUUGUACCCAGAGGCCGUAUUUUCGCGCAGUACGCGGCAAAUUGCGCCCACAAUAACCUCAAGCCGCUUUCGCAGGCGUCCUUGGGGAAAUUGAUACGCACGUUGUUCCCGGAUUUGACAACUCGUCGUCUUGGUAUGAGGGGUCAAUCCAAAUACCACUAUUGCGGUUUAAAUCUUUUGUCGGCAUCCAAGGCAUCGACUCCGACCCCGUCAGAGACUCCCGACGUAUUGAAGAGUGACAAUGCUUUUGCCUCCAUUGCGAAUCAGACUUUGCCCCCCGUGCACUCCAAUACCCCCGUGUCGCUUCUGAAGUGGACAGAUAUCUUUGAAAAAGAUGAACUCAGGUUGGCGGCCAAAGCAGAACCUUUCCCUGGCCCUGAUAUGUCAAUUAACAUUCCUGCGAUUCAACCCUUUUUACCUCCACAUACAGACCUUGACAUCGCAUCCUCUCUUGAAUCGCUUUAUCGCGUUCAUUGCAACACGAUUCUCGAGAGUAUUAAUUUUAAAAAAUUUGAGCUUUUGCCCAGUACUCUAGAAUCGUUCAGCUCGGCAUCCAUUUCUCCACAAAUGUACAAUCUAUUCAUUUCGGAGAGUCUUUACGAAUGGAUUUACGAGGCAGACGCGGUCACUUACAAGGCAAUCGCGGCAAUCUUAACCAAAUUUGUUUUCGAUUUCAAGAACAUUUCACCUGCCGUUUUAACCAAAUUGCAGGAACUUUCCAAAACGUAUCCUAAAAUGGUAUCCGACGCAAACAUGGAUUUGCCGGUACCUGUUGUGUUAAAAAAAGUUCAACUAGCCGAAAGAUUUGCGAACCUUGCCGCCAGAGUCACUAGAUUAAUUCGCGCCGCUGAGGCUGUCUCUUUGAUUUUUGCAGAUCCUUCAAAAACGUACCAAAUGAAUCACGAAUGGAAGAAGAUUGUUGACUUACCUUCUUUGUGUCGGACAGAGAUUAAGUGCUGUGCGGAGAACGAUGAGAGUCUCACGCAAAUUUCCGAAUUCAUCAGUUCACAGAUAGAUGAACUGUUUUCGGAAACUGUUUUUUCCGAGAACUCUCAACCUUUCAUAAAAUUUGGUGGAAAUGUAGUUGAGCAUUUGAGUUCUUAUAAAGAGAUUCCAACGAGACUGCUGCUCAUGAUCGUCGGCAGUUUCGGCUCCUCAAUUGUGCGAGAGCUCGCCAUAGCGGGCUCAGAGAGCGUUGCAUCUUGGCUAUCCUUCAAAACGUUUUUGGACGAAUGGCUGAUUUGGCAUGCGGAAUUAGGACAGAUGCUAGAGUCCUAA